AUGCGUUCACUCCUUCUGCGCCAACAAUGGUCUGACGCGCGCGACAACAGAUCCAAAAUGGCUGCUCUUUGGGCUCUCGUCGCGCUCUUCGUGUCCAACACUAACGCGUGCUAUAAAUUCCCCGCAGAUAUCGUCGACCCGUGUCUCGAGAAGGUGUGCGCGAAGGGAGCCGUUUGCAAGCCCUCCAUCGACGGCCGGUCUGCCGACUGCGUGUGUCCGGCCUCGUGCGCCACUUACGGCGAUUCGCGCGGUUCGCGACCGGUUUGCGGGUCCGACGGAAGGGAUUACCCGAAUGUCUGCGAAUUGAGACGUCUCUCGUGUCGACACAUGAAAGACGUGUUCGUCAAGUUCUCGGGCGCCUGCGAUCCGUGCGAAGGCGUGGAGUGUCCGUCGGCGCAGUUGUGCCAAUUGGACGAUCGCCGCAAUCCCAUCUGUCGCUGCAAUAACUGCAAUCCCGAUUUGAAACCCGUUUGCGGUUCUGACGGCAGAACCUAUACUAACGAGUGCUCGCUUCGUGUCGAGGCGUGCAAACAGAGAACCACUCUUCGUAUCAUUCAUUCCGGAGUUUGCGUCGAGUCCAAUCCUUGCGCUUCUCUCCAGUGCUCGUCGUUCCAGACGUGCGAAAUCGAUCGCUACGGCAUCGCCACGUGUCAGUGUCCGCCACAAUGUCCGCCUAUACUGAGACCCGUUUGUGGCACUGACGGCAAUGUCUACGAUUCUGAGUGCGAUCUCCGGAGACACACAUGUCUUCUGCAUAAAGACGUUCGUCUCAAACACUUUGGACUCUGCGGUAAUUCCGACUCUUGUUUCGCCGCGUGUUUCACUUCCGGUUUCGUUUCAGGCGACGACAGCCCCUGCAGUCGAACUGUGUGUCAAUUCGGAGCCGUUUGUGUUGUGAAGGCUUCGGGAGAACACGUGUGCGAAUGUCCGCAAUGUUCCGAAGAGUUCUCUCCCGUCUGUUCCCGAGACGGAAUUUCUUUCGCAAACGAAUGCAAAAUGCGUCGAGAAUUCUGUCAAAACAGUAAACCCUUUGACAACGACUUCACUGCCGGUCUUUGCAACGGGUGCGAACAGAAGAACUGUCAGUUCCAUUCGGUGUGCGAGUCGGACGGCGAGGGCGCCUCCUGUCGGUGUCCGAAGUCGUGUCCCAAAACCGUUUCCCCGGUUUGCGGUUCCGACGGAAACACUUACGACAACGAGUGCGCGCUUCGCCUCCAGUCGUGUCAGCGCUCAGAGUCGGUGUCGGUGUUGGCCAGAGGUGUGUGCGAUGUGUGUCACGGCGUGAACUGCAAAUACGGCGCGCGCUGUGAGAACGGCCGCUGCGUUUGUCCGACAGAGUGUCCCGAAAACAAGGAACCGGUUUGCGGUGACGACGGCAACACUUACGCCAACGAAUGUCUUCUGACGAGCGCCGCCUGUCGACACGAUCGGCACAUCGCAGUCAAGUUCUUCGGCGACUGCGCGGACAUCACUUCCGGCAUCACUCCUCCUCUGGACGGAGAAUAUUCUCGCGCUUGCGAUCACAUGACCUGUCGUUAUGGCGGCGUUUGUGAGUUCGACCAAAACGGUGUCCCGCGAUGUCUGUGCGCAUACAACUGUCCGGAAGUGAAUGGUCUGAAUGGUCACGACUCGGAGCCCGUUUGCGGCUCCGACGGCCGUCUCUAUGACAACGAGUGCAAACUGCAAGAGGAGGCGUGCGCUCGACAGCAAGAGAUCAAACCGCAGGACAUGAAGGCGUGCGAAGAGACGAGGAUUCUCGCGUGCGAUGGAGAGCCGCCUCUCGUCAACCCUUCCACCCGGAAAGAGUACUUUUGCGGCGAUUCUCCGGACGCCAAGUCUUGUCCGCCGAACAGCUUUUGUCACAGAGGAACCAAUUUUGCCAAAUGUUGUCGAGAAGUGGCCACAACUCGCAGUUGCGAAGACACCACUUUCGGCUGUUGUCCGGACGGCAAGACCGCGGCUCAAGGCGUUCACAACGGCGGCUGUCCCUGUUGUCCGGACGGCAAGACCGCGGCUCAAGGCGUUCACAACGGCGGCUGUCCGUCGGUUUGCGAAUGCAAUCGUCUCGGCUCUUAUAGUCUGACGUGUGAUCCCACGAGCAAACAAUGUCACUGCAAACCGGGUGUCGGAGGUCUGCGUUGCGAUCGCUGCGAAGCCGGGUAUUGGGGUCUUCACAAGAUCUCCGAAGGAAACACCGGAUGUAUUCCGUGCGCGUGCAACGACCAUGGUGCUAUUCGGGACGAUUGCGAACAGAUGACCGGACGGUGCGUUUGUCGCGUGGGAGGAGUUCAGGGCAUGAAGUGUGACGUGUGUCCCGAGGGCUCUGUUUUGGGACCCGACGGCUGUCAAGACCUGUCGUUGUUGAAGACUAUUGUCGGUUCGUGUGAACAAAUUGAAUGUCGCUUUGGAUCAGUUUGUCGCUCCAAAGGAUCCAAAGUUCAGUGCGUUUGUGACGUCACGUGUGAUUUCGAGAGGAAAGCGAAACCCAUUUGCGGUUCAGACGGAAAGACGUCUCAAACAUACGGUUCUGAAUGUCUUCUCAAACUAUUCGCGUGUCGUUUCCAGAAACAUAUUCACAUCGUGUCUGAAGGCCAGUGCGUCGACGAUGACGUCACCGUUGGAAGUGUUCGCCGCUCCACAGCCUUCAAGACCACCGAAGAGAAGUGGACGCGCGAAGUGAGUCACGACGACGCGAGCACCGGACCCACCGAACCCUCCACUCCCGACACACUGCCGGUCGUCACGCCUUCCUUUGACGGCAAGUCAUUCAUCGAAAUGCCGAGACUUCAGGCCUACACUCGGCUCACUUUGGAACUCGAGUUCACGACUUAUGCCAAGAACGCGAUUCUUCUCUACAACGGACAGACGGACACCGGAGAGGGAGAUUUCGUCUCUCUUUCUGUCCGCCAAUCGUAUGUCGAGUUCCGCUAUAAUCUCGGCUCCGGAACUGUUGUUCUUCGGUCGCAAGAGGCCAUCGGUUUGGGUCGACGCGUCAGAGUUGUGGCCAAACGCUAUCUCUGGGACGGAAUGCUUUCCAUCGAAGGUCAAGAAGACGUUUCGGGCAAAAGCGAAGGCGACCUCAAGUCUCUUGAUUUGACGCAAAAUCUGUUCAUUGGUUUCGUUGUCUCCAAAGAGACGCGUCUUUACGACAACAUCGGAGUCUCUGUCGGUCUUCAGGGAUGUGUUCACGGCUUUAAAAUCGGCCGCAAAGACGUCGACCUCUCGUCGCGUGACUCGCGAGACAUCAUCCGAAUGAUCAAUAUUCGCGAAUGCGAUUCUUCGUGCGAAGGCGUGGAGUGCGUGAACGGCGGCACUUGUCUUCCCGACGCUCACUCUCUGUAUCGCUGUGUUUGCGGAACGCAUUUCACGGGUCGUCACUGCGAGACACAGAUGAACGCCUGUUCUUCCAACCCGUGUUCGUUCGGCGCCUGCGUUGACCUCAAAGACGGCUUUGUCUGCAAAUGUCCCGAAGGAAGAGCCGGACGUCUUUGCGACGACUUUCAAAGCGAAAUGUUUUCGGUUCUGAUUCCCGACUUCUGGGGAAACUCUUUCCUCCAACUGCCGACUCUUCAGGGCGUCGGACAGGCCUUCAAUAUUGAGGUGUGGUUUCUGUCGCGCGCCGCCAACGGUCUGCUCCUAUAUUGCGGUCAAGAGUCCGGGGAUUUCCUUUCGCUCACAAUAGAAGAAGGAUUUGUCGUCUUUCGGUUCGAUCUCGGAAACGGACGAACCAAUCAGAGCGGAAUCGUGUCUUUGAAAACUUUGAAACCCAUUUCUCUCGCGAAAUGGCAUUCGUUGAAAAUGACGCGCCGACGCAAAUCCGGAACUCUUCAGAUCGACGACACUGACGUCAUUGAAGGCCAAUCAACGGGCUCACUUUCUGAACUCAAUCUGGAGGCGCCUCUCUUCGUGGGAGGCGUCGACAGCACACAAGCGGUGAACAAAAACGCCGGAAUCACGAGCGGAUUGAACGGCGCGAUUCAACGGCUCAUUAUUAAUGGACACGUUUGGCAGGAUUUGUUUCGUCGCGCUCUUCUUCAGCACAACGUCGACGAGUAUUCCGGUCCUCCCUGUGCUCCACAGUCUCCCUGUCUUAACAAUGGCCUUUGUCUCGCACGACGUCUGUCUUUCAUCAACGAGAAUCCGUGUGAACUGCGUCUGCGCACAACCGCCUCUCACGGCAUUGUCUUCUUCUCGAGCACCGGCCGACCAAAUGGCGAUUAUCUGUCGCUCGCGCUCUCAAACGGUUCUCUGGAGUUGAGUUUCAAUUUGGGAAAAGAGAAGUCUCUUUCGGCGAGAAGUGAAUUCGCGGUAAACGACGGCUUCUUCCACUCGGUUCUCAUUCACCGCAACCAACGGCUGGCGUCUCUCCGAGUGGACGACUUGCCGCCGCUGAGCGUCACUUCAGACGCCGCAGAAUUGCAGACCGACGGCGAGCUCUGGAUCGGCGGAUCUCCCGCUCUGCCGACCGGUCUUCCGCCGCACUAUUAUCACGGUUUCAAGGGUUGUAUUGAAAGCGUGAAAGUGGGAGACGAGACGCUCCGGCUGUGGAACGACGCGUCGCUCGAGUUUUGCUGA